AUGGGUCCCAUCAUUAAGGUUUUUGGUUACCAUGUCUCCACGCAAAAGUCCGAUGUAGGAGGAAUUCGUAGAGAUGAAUCCCAUGAGUUGCGCGUACUUUUGCAAAAUCAAGAUAUCUACGGAUUAAACAUUCUAGCGCUUCAAAAUCCCACCAUCCUGCAGCAAUUGAAUAGUUUUUCGGGAGACUUGAUAUGGCUUCGCUUCAGUCGAUCCAAGGACACUUCAAAUCAUUCUGCGCUCUCAUGGAGUUGUUUAAGGAAUAUUCCUUCUACUCUUUUACUGAUAAGUUUAAGAGUGUUGGAAUUUCAUGGCGUCAGCCCUCAAGAUUUCUGCAACUUGUUUGAUGAUCGUGAGCCUCCUUUGCAGCUGCGUGCAUUGGAAGUCGCAUUCAAUAGAGAUUUUGGAAGCGCAAGCACAAGCACAGCUGGAACUUUAACAGUCAUUCACAGUAAACAUGGUUCAACUUCAGAGAUUUCAGAGAUUUUAGAGACUUCAGAGUCAUUGCAGCCUCCAAUAAAUAUUGGACCGUGGUUAGAAAAGCUGAAUUUCAAGAAUUUGGUUAAGAUAAUUUUACAAAAUAUUCCAGGCCUGGAAACACUCCCAAUUAAAUUUGAGGAAGUAAGAAAUCUAAGACAUGUAUUAUUUCAACUCCAAUAUUUAGCAUUGCGAGAUUGCAGGAAGCUUGUUCUCCAAGAUUUGGGAAAAAUCUCCACGCUUGAGUACCUCGACUUUCAGGGUUGCUCCAUGCUAGGAGAAAUGCCCAAAGGAACUGAGGUUCAGAAGUCUUUAAAGCAUUUAAAUGUGGUCCAUACUGGGCUGAGGAAAUUUCCUGACAAUCUUGAACAACUGGAAGAUCUGGAAGAACUACAUAUAGGGAGCUCGGGAUUGACAGAGAUGCCAUCUUCUUUAUAUAAUUUGAGCAGUUUAACAGAUUUGACUCUGAUAGGGUGCACUAAUCUACUUCUUAUUGGCAACUCUAUUGAAAAGUUAGUAAAUUUGGAAAGUUUCAGAGUACAUAAAUGUGGAAUGAGAGCGUUACCUGUAACAAUGGCAUGGUUGCUGACAGGAGUGGAUUCAGGAAAUAUGUCUCUGGAUAGUUCUGAGGCGCAGGGAAGUAUUGGUCAGAGUCCUCAUCCAAAUCGCCCAGGUUGUUUAACAGAUUUAAUCAUUAGACACAGCCACAUUCAAGAGAUAGACAUUCCUCAGGCCGAAAGUCUUUUUCCCAAACUUGAAACUGUUGAUCUGUCCUACAAUCGUCUUUUGACAAAGAUUGGAAGGUUACCAGACAAUCUGAUAAGUCUGCAACUGACGAACUGUUCAAAUCUGACAUCACUGGCAUGCCUCUCUAACCUGGCAAGACUCAAAGUUCUUGACAUAAGCGGAUGUGGUGAACUAGAGACACUUAAUGUGGAAGGUCUGAAAUCAAUACAAGUUAUUAGAGCCAAUGGGUGUUGGGAACUGCGAAGCUUUCAGGGUCUGGAUCUAUUGGAACAGUUAUCCUGUUUUCAAAUGUCCGUCCAACCAAGCGCGAUCCGCUACCUAGCUCUCUAUCGUUAUCUGCCACGUUCCUCCCAUCAUUAUGCCUGGCUUGAUCGAUGGAAAGGUCCCAUCAUUAAGGUUUUGGUUGACAUGUCUCCAAGCAAAAGUACGAUGUACGAGGAAUUCCAACUCAAUAGUGUUUCCGGAGACUUGACAUGGCUUCGCUUGGAUCAAUUCGAGGAUAUUUUAAAUCCUUCUCUCGUCUCAUUGCGUAGUUUAAGGAAUAUUCUUUCGACUCUCUUACUGAAAAGUUUAAGAGUGUUGGAACUUCCUCCUUCGCAGCUGCGUGCAUUAGAAGUCGCAUUCAAUAGAGAUUUUGGAAGCGCAAGCACAAGCACAGCUGGACCUUCAACAGUCGUUUACAGUAAACGUCUCAACUUCAGAGAUUCCAGAGAUUUCAGAGUCACGGGAGCUUCCAAUAAAUAUUGGAGUACAGUGGUUUCAGGCGGGGUUAGAAAAGCUCAAUUUCAAGAGUUUGUCGAUUUGAAGGUUUUGCCAGAUUCUUUUACGGAACAAAUAUUGCAACUCCAAUAUUUAGCAUUGCGAGAUUGCAGGAAGCUUGUUCUCCAAGAUUUGGGAAAAAUCUCCACGCUUGAGUACCUCGACUUUCAGGGUUGCUCCAUGCUAAAGGAAAUGCCCAAAGGAACUGAGGUUCAGAAGUCUUUAAAGCAUUUAAAUGUGGUCCAUACUGAGCUGAGGGAAUUGCCUCACAAUCUUGAACAGCUGGAAGAUCUCGAAGAACUACAUAUAGGGAGCACGGGAUUGACAGAGAUGCCAUCUUCUCUAUGUAAUUUGAGCAGGUUAACAGAUUUGACUCUGAUAGGGUGCACUAAUCUACUUCUUAUUGGCAACUCUAUUGAAAAGUUAGUACAUUUGGAAAGUUUCAAAAUAUAUAAUUGUGAAAUGAUAGCGUUACCUGUAACAAUUGCAUGGGCGAAUAUAAAAUUUUUGGAUGUUCUGAAUUGUCUACUUGAUUUAGAGCAGUUGCUGACAGGAGUGGAUCCACGAAAUAUGCCUCUGGAUAGUUCUGAGCCGCAGGGAAGUAUUAAUCAGAGUGCUCAUCCAAAUCGCCCAGGACGUUUAACAGAUUUAAUCAUAAGACACAGCUACAUUUCAGAGAUGGACAUUCCUCAGGCCGAAAGUAUGUUUCCCAAACUUGAAACUGUUGAUCUGUCCUACAAUCGUUUUUUUACAAAGAUUGGAAGGUUACCAAACAAUCUGAUAAGUCUGAAACUGACGAACUGUUCAAAGCUGACAAGACUGGCAUGA